AUAAUGAGAAGUGAGAACUGCUUACUCUGUAAAAAGGAGAGUGGCUUAGAGAUGUCUUUGCUGCCUCUGAUUCCCAAUCUCUUUCUUUUUCCAAUGAAUCUUUAAGCCACACUUUUUCUUUGUCCUCUUCUCAACUAUCUUGUGGCUCUCUUUUAGAUUCAAUUCCCCUUUUUGUUUCACUGUCUUUACAUUCUACCACGUCACUAUAAUCCAUCUUAAUACUUCAAACCCCCUUUUUAUUACACUCUUUAGCAGGAAAAAAAAGCGGUUUCUUUGGUUAAAGAUAAUGCUUUUGUUUCCUCUCGUAUUCUUUUAACUCUGGAAUAUUUUUUUGCUCCUUUUUAACUUUCAUUUCGUUUCAUUAUUUUGGACUCUGCUUGAGCUCGAUGGGCGAUGUGGCUAAGGACCUUACGGCCGGUACGAUCGGAGGAGCUGCACAAUUGAUAUGUGGACAUCCCUUUGACACCAUCAAGGUCAAGCUCCAAAGCCAGCCUACACCACUCCCCGGUCAGCCUCCCAAGUAUUCCGGUGCAUUCGAUGCUGUCAAGCAGACAAUAGCAGCCGAAGGUCCAAGAGGUUUAUAUAAAGGUAUGGGAGCGCCUCUUGCUACGGUAGCAGCCUUCAAUGCUGUCCUGUUUACAGUUAGGGGACAAAUGGAAUCAGUUGUGAGGUCUCAUCCUGAUGCCCCCCUCACAGUGAAUCAGCAGUUUGUUUGUGGAGCUGGAGCUGGUGUUGCUGUUUCCUUUCUUGCUUGCCCAACUGAAUUGAUCAAAUGCAGGUUGCAAGCGCAAAGCGCACUUGCUGGCACUGGAACAGAAGCUGUGGCUGUUAAGUAUGGAGGACCAAUGGAUGUGGCCAGGCAAGUUCUCCGGUCAGAGGGAGGCAUGAGAGGUCUUUUCAAAGGAUUGGUUCCUACAAUGGGACGUGAGAUACCUGGAAACGCGAUAAUGUUCGGCGUAUAUGAAGCAUUAAAGCAACGGUUUGCAGGAGGCACUGAUACCUCUGGCCUAAGUAGAGGCUCUCUGAUUGUUGCUGGAGGAUUGGCAGGAGCUUCCUUCUGGUUCAUUGUUUACCCAACUGAUGUUAUUAAAAGUGUUCUUCAAGUAGAUGAUUAUAAGAACCCUAAGUUUUCUGGUUCAUUUGAUGCUUUCAGAAAGAUUAAAGCUUCUGAGGGGUUCAAAGGAUUGUAUAAGGGUUUUGGUCCUGCAAUGGGAAGAAGUGUUCCUGCAAAUGCAGCAUGCUUCUUGGCAUAUGAGAUGACAAGAUCAGCUCUAGGAUGAUUCAUUCUUGUAAAUGCUCAUGUUUCUUUCCCCUUUUGUUCCCAAAACUUUUUUCAUUCCAUCAAUUACAAAAUGGCCACACAUGCUUGUCUUUUCUUAUUA